AUGGCCACAGGGGAAGAUGUCUGGGACUCUCUCCCAGAGGGGGAGCAAAAGUCUGUUUGGGAUGAGACCGAACGCAAUUUCUGGGUUAACCUUCGCAGCAAGAAGGAUGCGGAAAACAAAAAGAUUGAGAAAGAUUUCCAGCUCUCGAUCAAUGAAGUUCGGUUGAAACUCAGUGACCUUACAGGACAGCGAAGCCAACUGAAAGAAUCUCAAUCCCGACUGGCUAGGGAACUCGCUAAAGUCGAGGCUGAACUGGCACGCACCACUGAUGAGUGUGAGGAGAAGGCCAACCGACUUGAGCGCAUUGAGCAGGACUACCGCGCGUCACGUCAGAAGAGAACAGAAACGCUCCAUGAUAUUUGGUUCAAGAUGCGUCGAUUCUUUAGACAAAAGAGAGGAGAGGAUCCCAAUGCUCCAGAUCAUCUCGGACCCGAAUCAGAAGGCAUUGUUCUACCUGAAAUGUUGCCAGAGCUAUCGUCAGGCUUUAAUGGGCCGAUCCCACGAAUAGAGCCUACUAAUGGCACUGCAGUGGCAGUGGACAGACCUGACGAAGUAGAUGAUGAGGAUCGUAUGGAAGGCAUUGAGCACCACGCUAAUGAGGGAGCCGAGAGUCUCGUUGAUGUUGUUGAUGCUGAUGGCAAUGUGAUCGGGCCCGUGGAGCAGAUAGAGCCUUGGAACCAAUGGGUUGAGGGAAUCCAAGAAUUGGAGAUACGAAGACCUGUCAAGAUCCGCCGAGGACGACGCUUCAACACCACACAUCUUGCAGGCAUUUACGAACGAACUGAGGCGAAGGGGGUCAAAUGGCUCUCUUGUAUGAUUCAAGCGACAGGAGAGAUACAGGCCAAGAGAUGCUUGUCAUGCGACAAGAACCAAGGCGCCUUCGACGACUGCAUCAUUGUCGGCGGGGAUCUCUUUCAGAAGUGUGGCAACUGUGAAUGGAAUCGCCAAGGAUGCCAUGGUUCCUCAGGGGACACAAUUGACAUACUGGCCUCAAGGGAGAGAGCACAACGGAAGAAGCAGCUAGAAGAUGGAGUUCAAGAGACUUCUGCAGACCGUUCCUCAGAAACAGUACAUCAGACAGUUGAAGUUCAGCCAAGGCCUGAGCAAACAAGUCAACCAGAGCCUCAGCGAGUCGAGGAACAGAUUUCUGUGCCCUCUCGGCCACCUUCACCAAAGCCCGCUCUACAGCGUACACUUGAAAAAUUCCCUGAGCCACAGCCUGAGAGACAACCGGAUAGACAGACUGAAAGACGGCCAGAGCGGCAAUACGAACAGCAAUCUGAGCAAGGGCCUGGACGACCAUUUGAGCCGCAACCUGCGAGAGUGACUGAGCGUCAGGCAGAAUGGACUACAGCACGACAGCCAGAACGUCGCUUUGAGCACCAACCCGAGAAAGCUCCAGAUCGACCCAAUGAACGGUUCCAUGAUGUGAUAGCUGCGAGGGCCCCAGAACGGACUGUCGAAGUAGCACCAGUGCAAACCGCUGAACGUCCUCGUGAAAUGCCUCAUAGACCAGUUUAUGGAUCACCUCAUGGACCUCCAAGCCGGCCGACAACGGCUUCUAGGUCAGAUUAUGCCCCGGAACGUAUGAUCGACCCUGUGGACUCGCCCUUACCGACUCCAAUAUAUCCUCUACCCAGGCCUCUGGAAACACCACGCUCCGUGCUUCCCUCAAGUGUUCCGCGCCGCACCCCUCAUGAAAUUCUCCACCCAUCAACAGAGCUCGAUGGCCCAACCAGAGACUAUCGCGGUUCUGAUCCAGUUCACACACCACGAGAGCCUGAGCAAGGCCACACUCCACAGGACUAUCGAAUAACUCCUGGCUUUACGCCGGCUAAUGUGAGAAGUCGAGCUCCAUCUAGCGAACGAGGAAGACCAACUCCACCAUCUAUGCCCCUGGACCCUUCAUCGCAGCCUCCUGAAUCACCACCUGCCCAACCACUGGAAGAGAUUACCCAAGAGAAUAUGGUUCUUAAGAACGACGGAAAUGUUUACACCUAUCCUGAAUGCGUUGCGGGGGUGCCAUUGGUUAAGAUUAACGAGGAACACCCCUAUUGGGAGGCCAACUGGCCCAAUGUCAAGACACUCAUUGAGCCACAGCUUGCUCGAUGGCGUGAGAAGCACCAGGCUGCCAUUGAAGCAGGUCCUAAGCAGGAUAAGGGAGGUUCUUCAAAGUAUCAAAUUGGCAGACAGGUCAACCGCGGUAUCAAAAUUCUCGAGUUCCACGAGAAGGGCCCAAUCAGUCCUUAUCAGUUGUUGGGUAAACGAUACAUCCAGGCCGGUAAGGGCGGCAUAACGUCAUAUGACACCCUCUUUCGCCUAUCAGAGACAAUAUCGGAGCUCGAAAAGUUCAAUCUUGACAUAUCGCCGGUUGACUGGAUGCGACAGCGCCUUCACGAACUCAUUCAAACACAGGGUCACAACUUCAAUCUGCCACGAACAAUUCACGACUUCUACCAUGAUUCCAAACUCACUAGUCUUCGUUACAAACACGGCUUCAAGAACAUAGGACGUCCUUCGGGAGCCAUGAAGGCUCGCUUGAGCCAUGGUAGCCCUAGCAACACACCGAAACCUCUCCAGAAGCGGAAGUCUAUGCACUCGGUUCCUACUACGCCCCGGGAAGAUUCAUUCAUCAACCACUCUCCUCUUCCUAACCAGAUACCACCAAGCUACCCAGCACCAGCACCAGCGCCAGCGCCAGCACCGGUCUCCGCCCCUGGCCCUCAGCCAGCAUUUAGCACCCACCUCAACAAGAAGCCGAAAUACAUGCCGCCUGCACAUGGGAGCCCCAUACAUGACGAAUUUCACUUUGAGGCUUGGUCCGAUACAGAUUCAUGCAGCGGAGGCAGCAUCACUAAGUAUGAUUGGCGGCUUGCUGUAGUCAAGACUCGGUUAUAUACCAGCCAUAUCAAUGUCACACAGUAUUGGACUUGGGUAGGACAGAUACAAUGUUUCCAACACCAAGUACUAAAAGAUGUGAAACCCGCGAAAUGGGGCUUGUUUAGGGACGAGAUCGAUUUCCACGUCAACCUCGCAGAGAUCGAGGAGAUGGAGUGGAGUAUCGAAGCACUUCGCGUUCACAUCAUUAUGAAAAAGGAUGCCGGAGAGCUUGCUGCGGAUGGCAAGCCUCGAGGCGAUGUCAUGGCGUCUUUCCCACGAGCACGUACAAUGCGUCGCUUCCUGUUCUUUUGUAGAGAAAGGGGUAUGAAAAUGGCUAAGAGGGACCCCGAGCAACUUAAUAAUCUGUGGGAUUCUAUGGUUUCUGAACAAUUGCCUGGCCGAGGCGAUUCUAAUCAACAGUUGGUGGAGUAA